AAAAACCUCAAAAAUAUUGUAAGCCGCUAAUAAUCUCUAAGGUGUCAAUCUAUCCAAUGAAGUUCACGUGGGAGCUAAAAGCCAAAAGCUAGUCCUCUUUACGGACACACUCACUUCAUCACUACAAAUCAAUCUUCAACUUUGCUUCAACUUCAAUCUCCUUGCAUGCUUCAUUACCAGAAUACAAAAAUGGCAACAGUGACUGCUUCAAGUAACAUAGUAUCCAGAACCUCUCAUGUCAAUUUACCAACUGUUUCAUGUGAGUUUAAAACGGCACCAAUGAGACUUGGUUCUAUAAGGAAAGCCAAUACUCAUAAUGGACUCAGAGUUUUGAACUCGUUGGACGAGUUACUAAAUAGGACGCCGAUUAAAAUGAAGGGAGUGCAAUCGAGGAAGAAGGGUGUUCAGAGAAAGAAUGUUAGGCCUAAAGGUAUUAUAGUUUGUGGCAUGAAUUUGAUCUUUGUUGGAACUGAGGUUGCUCCGUGGAGCAAAACUGGUGGUUUAGGUGAUGUUCUUGGAGGUCUUCCACCAGCAUUAGCAGCUAAUGGGCACAGAGUUAUGACCGUCACUCCGCGUUAUGACCAAUACAAAGAUGCAUGGGAUACAAAUGUAACAAUCGAGGUAAAAGUAGGAGAUAGAACAGAAAAAGUCCGCUUCUUCCAUUGCUUUAAACGAGGAGUUGAUCGCGUUUUUGUAGAUCACCCUAUAUUUCUUGAAAAGGUUUGGGGGAAAACUGGAACAAAACUUUAUGGCCCUGCCGCAGGAGACGAUUACCAAGAUAAUCAACUACGUUUUAGCAUCUUCUGUCAGGCAGCUCUGGAAGCAGCGAGAGUUCUGAAUCUUAAGAGCAAUAAAUAUUACUCAGGACCAUAUGGUGAAGAUGUCAUUUUCGUCGCCAAUGAUUGGCACACCGCCCUUAUCUCAUGCUACAUGAAAUCCAUGUACCAAUCAAUUGGCAUCUUUAGGAAUGCCAAAGUUGUUUUUUGUAUCCACAACAUUGCUUACCAAGGAAGAUUUGCAUUCACCGACUAUUCACUUCUCAAUCUCCCUGACCAAUUUAAAAGCUCCUUUGACUUCCUUGAUGGGCAUGUUAAACCAAUUGUUGGAAGAAAAAUCAAUUGGAUGAAAGCUGGAAUUAUAGAAUCUCAUCGAGUUUUAACUGUUAGUCCAUACUAUGCACAAGAACUAGUGUCAGGCCCAGAUAAAGGAGUUGAGUUGGACAACAUUCUUCGCCGAGUUGGUGUUACUGGAAUCGUAAAUGGCAUGGAUGUUCAAGAGUGGAAUCCAUCCACCGACAAAUAUAUAAGUAUCAAAUACGAUGCCUCAACAGUAUUGGAAGGAAAAGCUCUUCUGAAAGAAGAACUGCAAGCAGAAGUUGGAUUGCCGGUUGACAAAAAUGUUCCUCUCAUUGCUUUCAUCGGUAGGCUUGAAGAGCAAAAAGGUUCUGAUAUUCUUGUAGAAGCCAUUCCUCAAUUUAUAAAGGAGAAUGUUCAAAUAGUCGCACUAGGAACGGGAAAAAAAGAAAUGGAAAAGCAACUUCAGCAACUUGAAAUAUCAUACCCUGACAAGGCCAGAGGAGUUGCGAAAUUCAAUGUUCCCCUAGCUCAUAUGAUGAUUGCAGGAGCUGAUUUUAUCUUGAUUCCAAGUAGAUUUGAGCCUUGCGGUCUCAUUCAGUUACAAGCUAUGCGCUAUGGAACGGUACCUAUUGUUGCCUCGACGGGUGGAUUAGUGGACACAGUCAAAGAAGGUUUUACUGGAUUUCAGAUGGGUUCCUUCAAUGUUGAAUGUGAUGCUGUGGACCCUGUUGAUGUGGAUGCUAUAGCAAAGACUGUCACAAAGGCCCUUGGAGUCUAUGGAACUUCAGCAUUUGCAGAAAUGAUCAAGAAUUGCAUGGCUCAAGAACUUUCAUGGAAGGGACCUGCUAAGAAGUGGGAGGAAGUGCUGCUAAAUUUGGGAGUUCCUGACAGUGAACCUGGAAUUGAUGGAGAAGAAAUUGCUCCACAGGCAAAGGAAAAUGUGGCAACUCCAUGAUUAAAAUAAUGAUGUGAUGGAAGCUUCUUCUACUUUCCAUCUCUUGAAGUUUCAUGGAACUUCACCCAAGUGAUGGAAGCUUCUUUUAGUUUCCAUCUCUUGAUUAGUUUCCAUCUCUUGAUGUUUCAUGGAACUUCACCGGAGUGAUGGAUCGAUUAUUAGUGCAUUUUUUCCAAGGAGUUUAAAUCUGUAAUUAUAAGUGAUCUUGGACAGUUUAUUAUUAUUUUGCCUUAGAAUGAUAGAUUAGCAUUCCUUUUAGUCUGUACUAAAUCAAAGUGAAACAUGUUUUGUCUUUCUGAACCAAAAUGGUUGUAGAUUUAGGAGCAGUCAUUUUAGUGUUUUGAACUGGAUUUUAUUUUUAACUCGGUCAUUUUAGUUCUGAA